UCAACAUGUAAGCCACAAUGUGAACACCUAUUCCUAGUUCACUGAUAUGUUGUCCAUGAAACUGUUAGUGUUUAUUUACAGUGACCACACACAAGAAAUAUGUUGAAAGUGAGAGGCCAACUUGUAACCAGAAAACAAAUAUUGGUAAUAUGUGGAAUAAUAUUUUGUCUGCCAUUAUUAAUAUUAUUAUUGGACCACCCAAGGACUAGAUACAUUUUAAAAACAGUGCAACUGAAAUCGGCCUUUUCAUUAGCAUCAGAUUAUACACAUUUAGUAAAUAUAAACUUUACAUUUAAUAUGCUUCCAUUAAUCUGUAUCGGAGACGAAGAACCUUUGUUAAUUUUAGUUCAUUCCGCAACCAAUCAUUUCAAUAACAGAAAAGUCAUCAGAGAAACUUGGGGCCAAUACGACGAUGACAUAAGACUUUUGUUUUUAGUAGGGACAGCUAACGGCAAGGAUAUUCAAGAGAAACUUGAAGAAGAAAGUAAGCAGCAUAGUGACUUACUUCAAGGAAAUUUUGUGGAUACCUACCACAACCUUACUUAUAAACACGUAAUGGGUUUGAAAUACGCCGUAUACCAUUGUUCUCAGGCUAAAUUUGUAUUAAAGGUGGAUGAUGAUGUUUUCGUUAAUAUUCCUACUUUGAAAAUGUUUAUAGCUACUUAUAUCUGCCAAAAUAGACAACCAACGAAAAUACUAUGUUCAAGAAUACGCAAUCCUACCGUAUUAAGGUCAGGAAAAUGGGCGACAUCCUUGGAAGAUUACCCGGCGAAAAAUUAUCCGACACAUUGUGGGGGUUUUGCAAUAUUUUACCCUCAAAAUGUUAUAUCAACUCUAUACGAGAUGGCUCAAAAAACUAAAUUCUUUUGGGUAGAUGAUGUAUUCGUUACUGGAAUAUGUGCCAAACAGUCCAAUAUUACCCAUAUAGGUAUUGAACAUUUAGUACUGUCUACUGCAGAUGUUCAUAAUAUCGUUGAUUUGUCAUUUACCAAUAUUACUAAACCAUUUUUGAUUGGGAGAAUUAAUUUGAAUGAAAAUCAAAUUAGAUCUUUAUGGAAAUUUGGUAGAAGCCAUACAUCAAAGACUAUAUUAGAUUAUCUCGACUACAAUUAGUGGUUUUGAAUAAUUUUAUAAUUAGUUAAUUUAUUUUUCUAUCGUAGCUAAACU